AUGGAUACUCACAAAUCCCAAUGUCCCAGAGUGGAUCCUCCUCAAGUCAGUCUGACGUCCUCCUCUGCGAAUGAGACCUCGGUCCAUCCUGAUAAGCGAUCUGCCCCUUCAGCACCCGCUGAUGUUCCUGCUGGCCCCGACUCUAUUCCAAUUGUUCCUGCGACACCAACCAUUCUUCCUGGCUGUGUUAUGGAUUCUGAUCCACUUACAGCUAACACGCUUGAUGAUUCUUGGCAUCUCCAACUCCCUUCGUCUCCCUCCCCGGUCAAUCCAAGCAAGAUACCCGACUGCCCAUCCCCAUUGUUAUUUCCUGAUUCACCGCUAGUUAAAGAUAGUUCCCAUCUACCCAGUCCCACCAUUUCAGAGUCCUCCACAACUAUUUCCUUACCUUCCAAGUCUUCUCGUGCCUCCCAUCCUUAUAAAGCUAAAACUACCGUCAUUGCCAAACAAACACAUGAAGUUAUCCCUCAACAGUUUUUACGCAGACGUACCCAACCAACCUUGUCUACAUCCAAGAAGAGGGAUAAGGGUGCCCAUAAGCGGGCAUACCUUGCCACUUUGUCUUCCUCGUCAGCUAUUGUUCCGGGGUCUCAACCUGACCAUGAGGCCUCUCAUCAGUGA